CUGUUUCCGUGUGGGACUGGAUGGGAGGGAGCAGCAGCCUCAGUACCAGGCACAGCUCCGCUCUCCCUCACUGCUGCUGACUGGAGCUGGAUAGACUCACCGAGGAGGAGGCUGCCACCGUCACCGCUGCUCCUGCUGCUGCUCCUGCCUUUUGUCGCACAGGGACGCUUCCCGAGCCGCGAGGAUAUUCUUCCUUUUUUUCCCCCAUCAUUUUCCCCCUUUUUCUCGAGAAGACACAGGGAUUUCGAAGUGGGGAAUUAGCAGAGACGGCCGCACCGAUGUACCCACGACACGAGGGCAGCGGGCUGCUUGUGCUGGCGGUCUUAGCCGGACUGCAGAUUGCAGCGGAGUGCAGGGGCACCACACCAUGCAGGCCUGGCUUCUCUGAAGAUGUAUACAAGGUUGUGGUGCCAGAUAUCACAGAGAAAGGACAGCCCCUUUUCAACGUGAGGUUUCUUGACUGUGGCCGAAGUGGUCUGGUGCGCUUUGAAUGCAGUAACCCCUCCGACUUCCGGAUAGAGGCUGACGGAGUCGUUUAUGCUGCCAGGAGUCUUCAGCCCUCUACGCUCCCUGCAUCGCCGCUGCUGAUCAAGGCCAGCGACUCCACCACGCAGGAGCAAUGGGUGACCCAAGUCAGGCUGACACCCACCGCUGCAUCCAGCCAGCAGGUCCAGGAAGUUGCUGUCCCUCCAGUCAUGUCCAAGGAUUCCAAGGAAAUAGUAUUUCCAUCACGACACACGGACAGCCAACUCAAACGCAUGAAGAGAGACUGGGUCAUCCCCCCAAUCAAUGUCCCAGAGAACUCACGAGGCCCUUUUCCGCAAGAGCUUGUCCGGAUUCGGUCGGACCAUGACAAGAACCGCUCCCUCAGAUACAGUGUGACAGGCCCCGGAGCCGACCAGCCCCCAACCGGCAUGUUCAUCAUCGACCCCAUCUCUGGGGAGCUGUCUGUCAACAAGCCCCUGGAUCGGGAGCACAUCUCCAACUUCCACCUGAGAGCUCAUGCAGUGGACCUCAACGGCAACCAGGUAGAAAACCCUAUCGACAUUGUGAUCAAUGUGAUCGACAUGAACGACAACAGACCCGAGUUCACCCAUCAGAUCUGGAACGGCAGUGUUCCGGAGGGUUCCAAGCCAGGAACAUUUGUUAUGACAGUAACAUCUGUCGACAAAGACGACCCCAAAACGAACAAUGGGAUGCUGCGCUACAAGAUCCUGUCUCAGAAUCCAGAGAGUCCGACCUCCAAUAUGUUCACCAUCAACAACCAAACAGGAGGCAUCAUCACGGUGGCGGCAGGCCUGGACCGAGAGAAAGUGCCCCAGUACACACUCAUCAUCCAGGCCACUGACAUGGAGGGCAACCCCAUGUACGGCCUCUCCAACACAGCCACGGCUCUCAUCAGAGUCACCGACGUUAACGACAACCCGCCAGAGUUUACUGCUGAGACGUUCUUCGGCGAGGUGCCUGAAAACCGUGUGAAUGUCAUUGUGGCCAACCUGACGGUGACUGACAAGGACCAGCCCAACACACCGGCCUGGAAUGCUGUCUACAAAAUCACCGGGGGCGACCCCACUGGCAGGUUCUCUGUGCCCACUGAUCCGACCACUAACGAGGGCCUGGUGACGGUCGUCAAGCCUAUCGACUAUGAAAUCAGCAGGACAUAUGUGCUGACAGUGGAAGCAAGGAACGAGGUCCCUCUGGCCAGAGGCAUCCACUCUCCUCGUCAGUCCACCGCCACUGUGUCCAUCAGAGUGAUAGAUGUCAACGAGAGCCCCUACUUUGAGCCCAACCCCAAACUGACCAAACUCGAAGAGGGAAUGAUGCCAGAGUCGACUCUGACAACCUUCACCGCGCAGGAUCCCGAUCGCUUCAUGCAGCAAAGCAUCAGAUACUCCAAGCUCUCAGAUCCAGCCGGCUGGUUAAGGAUUGACCCCAACACCGGCCGUAUCACAACAAUUGCCGUUUUGGACCGAGAGUCGCCCUUUGUGAAGAACAGUUUAUAUAAUGCAACGUUCCUGGCCACUGACAAUGGAGUCCCUCCAGCAAGUGGAACAGGCACUCUCCAGAUCUUCCUGAUGGAUAUCAACGACAACGCUCCCAAGGUGUUCCCCCACGAGGCGGAGAUAUGCCAAAAGCCAGAGCCAAACGCCAUCAACAUCACCGCACUUGACGGAGACCUUAACCCGAAUGCGGGGCCCUUCGCCUUUGAGUUAGCCCACAGGCCGACUGACGUCCGGAGAAACUGGACCAUCACAAGAAUCAGCGGUGACUACGCUCAGAUGAGCCUGAAGAUCGGCUUCCUUGAAAGUGGCAUCUACGAGAUCCCCAUCAUCAUCACAGACUCGGGCAACCUGCCCAUGUCCAACACCUCCUACCUGCGGAUCAAAGUGUGCCAGUGUGACGUCAACGGCGACUGCACCGACCAGCAGCACAUCAUGGCCGCCGGCCUGGGCACAGGCGCCAUCAUAUCCAUCCUCCUCUGUAUCAUCAUCCUCCUCAUUCUCGUGCUGCUGUUCGUUGUGUGGAUGAAACGCCGCGACAAGGAGCGUCAGGCCAAGCAGCUCCUCAUCGAUCCCGAGGACGAUGUGAGGGACAACAUUCUCAAGUAUGACGAGGAAGGUGGAGGAGAGGAGGAUCAGGAUUAUGAUCUCAGUCAGCUCCAGCAGCCGGACACGAUAGAGCCUGAUGCCAUCAAGCCGGUGGGAAUCCGCCGUCUAGACGAGAGACCCCUCCACCCCGAGCCACAGUAUCCCAUGAGGUCAGCAGCACCCCACCCUGGAGACAUCGGAGACUUCAUCAAUGAGGGACUCAAGGCGGCAGACAACGACCCCACCGCUCCUCCCUACGACUCCCUGCUCGUGUUCGACUACGAGGGCAGCGGCUCCACGGCCGGCUCCCUAAGUUCCCUCAACUCCUCCAGCAGCGGGGGCGACCAGGACUACGAUUACCUCAACGACUGGGGCCCUCGCUUUAGAAAACUGGCAGACAUGUAUGGUGGAAGUGAUGACUAAGGACAUGCAGCCGCUCCUUGAAGGAUGAAAAGAUGAAAAAAAAAAAAUGAAGAAAAGGAGUGAUUUCCUGUUGAUGGACAUCUACAGCUUCUGAUAUUCCCCAGAGAGAGAGAGAGAGAGAUAGAGAGAGAGAGAGAGAGUGACGGAACUAUGACAGAAACAAAACAAAAAAAAAUAAAAAUAAACAAUGAUUCAGAAAAAUGUUUUCAAAAUCUACCAACCUAGGCUUAUUGUUGUAGUCUACGCAUACAUAUGCUUGUUGAAAGCUUAGGCAUAGGCUGUGGUCCCGUGACGGAGGCUGUGGUCGGGAGCACAGGUGGAUUGUCACCACUCGGAUUGUUGGUAUUGAAUGCGCUCAGUUACACUUGAAUUUCACAGUACAGAAGCACUGGGAUAUAAUGUGCCUUUUUGUACAUUUUUUUUGGAUCUAAAUGAUUAGUUUUAUGUUCAAGGCUUUAAUGGUACUGACUUUUGGAGUGAUUUCAAACGUAUGUUACACUCUGGUAUGCUUCUACAUGCUUUUUUCCUUUGGUUACACAAUGCUCCUGCUUGUUGACGAUUAUUUAAAUAGACUGCAAAGAAAAUGAAGGAUCAUCGGUUAGGUUGGACGGAGAGAAAAACAAUUAAGAGCAGCACUGUACAGAACGCUAGACUUCUUGACUUUUUCACUAAAAAUUAAAAUUAUGCAGCUGGUUGCAAAUAAAGGGAGUUAUGAAUAAUACUUUUGUAGCAGGUUUUUUUUUCCUAUUUUUUUUGAGGUGAUGUAGUAUUUUACAAAAACAAAAAAAAAAAUCUGUUUUGGUCUAAUCUAUGUACACUUCAUUUGCCUUAGUCAUCAUCUGAUAUUUUCAAGUUUUACUUCACUGUAAAAAGAUGUGUGUACAUAAUGUUUUUUUUUUCUUUAUCUCUUUUUUUUCUUUUUGAUGUAGUAUAUGAAGAAGUGCAAAAAGUUCCAAACUUGUAAAUGUAUAAUUUGGACAACAAAUUCAAAGUUUUUUGCAUGUUUUUAUCAACAAAAAUGAAAAAUGUUGUUUCCCAAAUUUAUUUACAAAGUGAAAAAAAAAAUAAAAAAUCUGGGUGACAUUAAAUGUGUAGAAGUUAAGAGCGUUUUUUUGUAUAAAACAAGAAAAAAAAAACACUGAUAAAAAUGGAAAAGUAGUGAUCUUGUCAGCACAACUGUUGAAUUUGUACCAAAAAGGGGGUGUGGGGGGAUGACAAUGCUAGACAUUAAUUAAUGAAUCAGCUUUAAGACUGGAAAAGGUUUUGGACUUCAGCCUUGUGGAUAACAUGUGUACUGGAAAAACAAAUUAUACAUCUCUGACCCCAACCAUCCAAUAAAAUGCUAACUUUGGAGCUAAAA